AUGUACCGGUCCCACAAUAACCCUCGUUCACCUCAAGCAGGUCCAGGUCCGAGCAAUACAACCCCAGCACAAAGAUCCAACAUCGACGAAGCGCUUGACGACUGGUUCGCAGGUAAAGAUCCCUAUUCUCUUCAGUUCGACAGACUCUGCAUCGAGCAAUCUUUUCCAGCACCGUAUGAAGACUACGAGCCCGGUUGGCGACAACCUAAAUUCAAACCGGGGGUAGGUUACGAAAAGGCCCUCGCAAAGGAACAAAUGCUCCAACCCCAAAUUGGAGGGAGGAGCAAGAAAGCCCAAUUGGGUUCCAUAGAGGAAAGUUGGGGUAGUGGUGGACCGAAGAGAGUUUGGUUAGGAGAGGAAGAUGAGAGAAAGGGAAUGUUCGAAUUGGACGAAGAUCCUCCUUCUAGGAAUGCUUCUCCAUUCCGAGAAGAAGAAGAAGAAGGACUCGAAGAAGAAGAUGCUGAGGAAACGAUUAGAAUGAAAAAAGAGGAAUUCCUAGCUAAUGCAAGAAGAGGAACGACGUACGAAAAAUGGAAAGAUCCAACGGAUUUCUUCCAAGGUGGGAAACAAUCGGUGGAAGCUAGAAGAGAGAUAAAACAACUCACUCAAAUUCUCAGAGGGGGUUCAGAGGAUCCCCAUAGUGGAAGAACUGUUCAUAGGAGAAAUCAAGAAGUUGUCUAUCCAUUAGUAAGGAACAGUAAUGCAACUCCUCGUGACGGGGAAACUAGAAGAAUGAGCUUCCACGCUUUUGAAUAUGAUCACUCGAGAAGUCAGAACCCCCUUGUACAGUAUGACGACGAAUAUCGAGCAGACGAUGACACACCCGACAAUCAAGAACAUACAAUCGAUCAUCAUGAACGAAUACAAGGCGGAGAUCCUUUUUCGUCUUCAGGUCGACUUCCCCAGCCUGUCCGAGUAACCACACUUCCGAAUCAAGCUGGUGUCACGGGAAGGUACCAUCAAUCGGAUGAUUACAAGAUCUGGUUACAGAGAGCCCAAGCUGGCAGAGGACGAAGAAGGUAA